UCUUCGAUCUGCCCCCACUUUCUAGUCUCUUCCCCAGGACUAAUGUCUCUCUAUCUCUUCAGGAUCCAGUGAUAAUUUGUAUUAUUAAAAAAACUCUGCGCAAAUUCUGUACAUUAACUCCUUAAUCUUUUCUGUUGAAAUUUAAAACUUGUUUAGAUGAAAAAAAACCCCAUUUUUGGGUUAAAGCUUCAAGCUUUUUUGCUGUUUCUUGGGUUUCUGUGUUCAGAACUCUUGUUUGUCGAGUCUCAAACCAGCCCGGAUGAUGCUUCAGCCAUGUUGGCUCUCAAGAGGAGCCUCAUUUUACCGGAAAGUCUUGGGUGGUCGGACCCGGAUCCGUGCAAGUGGAACCAUGUGAUUUGCGCUGAGAAACGUGUCUCUCGGAUCCAAAUCGGGCACCAGAAUGUUCAAGGUACACUUCCUCAAGAACUUACAUCUCUUACUCAGCUUGGGCGAUUAGAACUUCAAUGGAACAAUAUUUCUGGACCUUUACCAAGCUUGAAGGGGUUUAGUUCACUGCAAGUAUUGAUGCUUAGUAACAAUCAGUUUACUUCCAUUCCUGCUGAUUUUUUUACUGGCAUGUCUUCUUUGAUAUCUGUUGAGAUUGAUAAUAAUCCAUUUUCUGGUUGGGAAAUUCCGGAAAGCCUUAAAAAUGCUUCAUCACUUAAGAAUUUCUCGGCUAAUUCCGCAAAUAUUACUGGAAAAAUUCCAGCGUUUUUAGGAGGUGACGAGUUUCCUGGUUUAACAAACUUGCAUUUGGCUCUCAAUAACUUGGAAGGGGAGUUGCCAUCGAGUUUUUCGGGAUCCCAGAUCGAGUCUCUGUGGUUAAAUGGGCAGAAACUUGAUGGAGAGAUUGGUGUUAUACAGAACAUGACAUACUUGAAGGAGGUUUGGCUUCAUGGAAAUGGAUUUUCUGGUCCAUUGCCUGAUUUUUCAAGCUUGAAGAAUUUGGAGAGUUUGAGUUUGAGGGAUAAUUCAUUAACAGGGCCCGUUCCCAUGUCUUUGGUAAAUCUUGACUCCUUAAAGGUUGUUAAUUUGACUAAUAAUUUUUUGCAAGGGCCAAUACCAAAGUUUAAAGACUCUGUUUCUGUGGAUAUGACAAAAGAUACCAAUAGUUUUUGCUUGCCACAACCUGGGGAUUGUGAUGGUAGAGUGAAUACUUUACUUUCUAUCUCAAGAUCAAUGGAUUAUCCUAGAAAAUUUGCUGAGAGUUGGAAGGGGAAUGAUCCUUGUAACGAUUGGUUUGGGAUUACUUGCAACAAUGAGAACAUAACCAUUGUUAAUUUUCGGAAUAUGGGGCUUAUAGGUACAAUUUCUCCUGAUUUUGCUUCGCUCAAGUUGCUGCAGAGAUUGAUUCUUGCUGAUAAUAACCUUACUGGCACUAUACCGGAGGACCUUGCCACUCUGCCUGCACUUACUGAACUAGAUGUAUCAAACAAUCAGCUUCAUGGGAAAGUGCCGGCUUUUAGAAGUAACAUCAUUGUAAAAACGGAUGGGAAUUCUGACAUUGGGAAGGAUAAGAGUGAUUCAAGCUCUCCUGGCAUGUCUUCUCCCAAUACACCCAAUUCUGGUUCUGAACAUGAAGGCGGUUCUCAAACUGAUCAUAAGAAAUCUCGAAAUUGGAUUGGAGUGGUUGUAUUUUCUGUAGUUGGUGGUGUCUUUGUGCUUUGUUUGAUUGGAGUUGCAGCUUUCUGUCUGUACAAGAGCAAACAGAAGCGUUUUAGCAGAGUUCAGAGUCCAAAUGCUAUGGUAAUUCACCCUCGUCAUUCUGGAUCAGACAAUGGUAGUGUAAAGAUAACAGUUGCAGGAUCAAGCGUCAGUGUUGGUGCCGUUAAUGAAAGUCAUACUGUUUCUACCAGUGAAACCAGCAACAUUCAAAUGGUUGAAGCAGCCAACAUGGUGAUCUCCAUUCAAGUACUGAAAAAUGUGACGAAUAAUUUCAGUGAAGAGAAUAUACUGGGUCGAGGAGGCUUCGGGACAGUUUACAAAGGAGAAUUGCAUGACGGAACAAAGAUUGCUGUAAAAAGAAUGGAAUGUGGAGAGAUAACCGGGAAGGGGCUAGCAGAGUUCGAAUCUGAGAUUGCUGUUUUGACAAAGGUUCGACAUCGGCAUCUUGUCGCGCUUCUUGGAUACUGUAUUGACGGAAACGAAAAACUUAUUGUUUAUGAAUACAUGCCUCAAGGGACACUAAGUAGGCAUCUUUUCAACUGGGCAGAUGAAGGGCUACAACCACUGGAGUGGACAAAAAGAUUGACCAUUGCCUUAGAUGUUGCUAGGGGCGUAGAAUACCUACAUGGUUUAGCCCACCAAAGCUUCAUACACAGGGACUUAAAGCCAUCCAACAUUCUUCUUGGGGAUGAUAUGAGGGCCAAGGUUGCAGAUUUUGGUCUUGUGCGCCUUGCUCCAGAAGGGAAAGGCUCUAUUGAGACAAGAAUUGCUGGAACAUUUGGAUACCUGGCACCUGAAUAUGCAGUGACUGGCAGAGUGACAACGAAAGUGGAUGUUUUCAGUUUUGGUGUGAUCUUGAUGGAACUGAUCACUGGGAGAAAGGCACUCGAUGAGAGCCAACCUGAGGAGAGCAUGCACCUUGUGACAUGGUUCCGGCGAAUGCACCUGAACAAGGAUACAUUCCGUAAGGCCAUCGACCCCACGAUUGACCUCAAUGAGGAAACUUUAGCCAGCAUCAGCACUGUUGCUGAACUGGCGGGCCAUUGUUGUGCAAGGGAACCAUAUCAAAGGCCCGAUAUGGGUCAUGCUGUCAACGUUCUUUCUUCUCUGUUAGAGCUCUGGAAACCUUCCAAUCAAUGCUCUGAGGACAUAUACGGCAUUGAUCUUGAAAUGUCUUUGCCUCAAGCACUUAAGAAGUGGCAAGCAUUUGAAGGUAGCCAUGAGGACUCAUCUUCUUCAUCCUACUUACCAAGUUUGGAGAAUACUCAGACUAGCAUACCAACACGGCCAUAUGGAUUUGCUGAGUCAUUCACAUCAGUGGAUGGAAGGUGAAAAAGAUGGCAGUUUGAUUAUGGCAACUAUAUGACCCGAUUUUACUUGUUAAAUCAGUUGUGGUUCUUCCUUGAUGUUUUAAUUUUCUCCCCUUUUCUUGGUUUUUAGUCAUCGCUUAUUUGAGUCAUGUAGCUGGAUUUCUUAGCUUGAAGAUUUAGAAAUGGAUUUAAGGUAUCUCAAA